AUGGAGCGUACUUAUAUCAUGGUUAAGCCUGAUGGCGUCGAGCGUGGUCUCGUUGGUGAAAUCAUCAAGCGCUUCGAACAACGUGGUUAUCAACUCACUGCUCUUGAAUUGAUCCACCCCACCAAGGAACUCCUCGAAGAACACUACUGUGAUUUGAAGGGUAAGGGUUUCUUCCCCUCCUUGAUCGAAUACAUGUCCUCCGGCCCCGUUGUCGGUAUGGUCUGGACCGGUAAGGACGUCGUCAAGACUGGUCGUAAGAUGUUGGGUGAAACCAACCCCUUGGCCAGUGCCCCCGGUACCAUCCGUGGUGACUUCUGUAUCGAAGUUGGUCGUAACAUCUGUCACGGUUCUGACUCUGUUGAAUCUGCUGAACGUGAAAUUGGUUUGUGGUUCCCCCGUGGUAUCAAGACCGUUGCUCGCUCUCACUCCAUUCACUCCUUGGUUUACGAAAACUAA